CGCUCCGGAUGACUUGGACAUGUCAGCCGCUUGAAGGGGAUCGGGCUUUCCUUUCCCAGGAGCCCGCAGGCCUUCUGGUGACCGCCACCGCCGUCACCUGGAGCGUGGGUCCCCGACGCUGGGCGGCGGAGGCGGAGUUCCCCGGUCCUUCCAGACGCUGUCUGGCGAGAUCGGCCGAUAUACAGGCCACAUGCAAAGACUGGAAUGAGGUCUCGAGAGCUCAGGGCAAAUGCCAGCUGCCAGCCCCGAAGGAUCGCAGUUCUGUAACCAUAACCGGAAUUUUGCCAACAGCCUGAAUGAACUUAGGAGUGGAUUCUCCCCUAGAGUCUCCAGAGAGGAACACAACCUGCUGACACCUUCCUGUCAAGUUUGAGAACCCAGUUGAGCCACAUUGUGCCUAGAUAGCUGACCCACAUAAACUUUUACAGAUAUGAUCCAGCCCUGUACUGAAUUACUUCGGUUAGUCAGAGUGAACGUCCAAUAAUGAGUGGUGCAGCUUUGGGACUCGAGAUUGUUUUUGUUUUUUUUCUGGCGUUAUUUCUACUUCAUCGAUAUGGAGACUUUAAGAAACAGCAUAGACUUGUAAUUGUUGGAACACUGCUAGCUUGGUAUCUCUGCUUUCUUAUUGUCUUCAUACUGCCUCUGGACGUUAGUACGACAAUAUACAACCGAUGCAAGCAUGCUGCUGCCAACUCAAGCCCUCCUGAGAACAGCAACAUCACAGGCUUGUACGCAACCGCCACCCCAGCUCCAAGUCCACAUCCGUGUUUCAAGCCAUGGAGUUACAUUCCUGAUGGAAUCAUGCCAAUUUUCUGGAGGGUAGUAUACUGGACAUCGCAAUUUUUAACAUGGAUUCUCUUACCUUUUAUGCAGUCAUAUGCAAGAUCAGGAGGGUUCUCCAUCACUGGAAAGAUAAAAACCGCACUGAUUGAGAAUGCAAUCUAUUAUGGCACCUACUUGCUGAUUUUUGGAGCAUUUCUAAUUUAUGUAGCUGUAAACCCACAUCUGCACUUAGAAUGGAACCAGCUUCAGACGAUUGGGAUCGCUGCUGCAAACACAUGGGGUCUAUUUCUUCUUGUGUUACUGUUGGGGUAUGGCUUGGUGGAAAUCCCUCGGUCAUACUGGAAUGGAGCAAAAAGAGGUUAUCUACUUAUGAAAACUUACUUUAAGGCAGCCAAAUUGAUGACAGAGAAAGCAGACGCAGAAGAGACUUUAGAAGAUGUCAUGGAGGAGGUUCGUAAAGUGAAUGAAAGCAUCAAGUAUAACCACCCAUUGAGAAAAUGUGUUGACACAAUACUUAAAAAGUGCCCUACAGAGUAUCAGGAAAAAAUGGGUAGGAACAUGGAUGAUUAUGAAGAUUUUGAUGAAAAGCAUAAUGCCUAUCCAAGUGAAAAAAGUCUGGUGAAAUUACAUAAACAGGUUAUUUACUCAGUUCAGAGGCACCGUCGAACUCAAGUACAAUGGCAGAUCCUUCUGGAACAAGCAUUUUAUCUAGAAGAUGUAGCAAAAAAUGAAACUAGUGCUACUCAUCAGUUUGUUCACACUUUUCAAUCGCCAGAACCAGAAAAUAGAUUUGUCCAAUAUUUUUAUAGUCCUACAGUUGAGUGGUACUGGGAGUGUCUCCUGCGACCAUGGUUUUACAGAAUCCUGGCUGUGGUUUUGUCUGUCUUCUCUGUGAUCGUCGUGUGGUCAGAGUGCACGUUCUUCAGCACUACGCCUGUCUUAUCCCUCUUUGCAGUCUUCAUACAGCUGGCUGAAAAAACGUACAAUUAUAUUUAUAUCGAGAUUGCUUGCUUCCUUUCCAUCUUCUUCCUAAGUAUCUGUGUUUAUUCUACUGUGUUCAGGAUUCGAGUGUUUAACUAUUAUUACUUGGCUUCACAUCACCAGACCGAUGCGUACAGCCUUCUUUUCAGUGGCAUGUUAUUUUGCCGUUUGACUCCUCCUUUAUGUCUUAAUUUCUUGGGCUUGACCCAUAUGGAUUCCUCCAUCUCUCACCAGAAUACACAACCAACUGCUUACACAUCUAUUAUGGGUUCCAUGAAAGUUUUAUCCUUCAUUGCAGAUGGAUUCUAUAUAUAUUAUCCUAUGCUGGUGGUCAUUCUCUGCAUUGCUACUUAUUUUAGUUUGGGAACUCGUUGUUUGAAUCUACUUGGUUUCCAGCAGUUCAUGGGAGAUAAUGAUAUGACCUCAGACUUAGUUGAUGAAGGAAAAGAAUUAAUCAGGCGAGAGAAGAGAAAAAGGCAAAGGCAAGAAGAAGGUGAAAAUCGAAGAAGAGAAUGGAAAGAACGAUAUGGACACAAUAGAGAAGAUUCCACUAGAAACAGAAAUGUUCAUAUUGACCCCAAAGAGUCAAAUUUUUCAGAAAUGAGUACGACCCGAUCAGCAUCUAAAUAUACGAGGGCCAAUAAUAGGACUGAAAGGGAUCGAAUAGAACUCCUGCAAGAUGUAGAACCUUUGGAUUUUAAUGCAGAAGCAUUUACUGAUGAUCCUCUUGAAUCUGAAUCAGGAAGGUAUCAGCCUGGUGGACGAUACCUCUCGAUGUCUCGCAGCAGAAUAUUUGAUGAUGUUUGAAGUCUGAAAGAAUUAAUGGAAUAACUGACCCAAGUCAGUCAGUUCAGUCUUUAUGAAUUUCUGUGUACCCUAAAAUGUACACUGUACUCCCAGUGAUAAAAAAAGACACUGAAGAUCAGUCACAUCUUAGUAAUCAUAGUUCAUUCUCCAUUGAAUAGAGUAUCAUCUUUUCUAAUAGAAUUUAUUGCAUACCAUUCCUGAAGUGUCUGCCUUAGUUUGGAAGUACAGUUAAUUCAUGGAGGGGUUUAAUUCAUGAUAAAGAUCAAUAUAUGUUGAGAACAUGUAGUUCAGUUUGUUUCAGAUUAUUUAUUUUUUUCAGGAAAGUUGAUGUAAAGCUCCAAGGGAGCCCUAAGUCAAACUAUAAUAUUAUACCUCUUUAUUUUGAUUAACAUUUUUGCUAUUUCUAAAGAAUAUGUUAAUCUUGUAUUUCCCAAAGAAUUGAAGACCACGAUAACCAUAUUUACAAAACCCAUGUCGUAAAACAAGGCUUACUUACCAGAUAGAACGAGGUGUAAAAAGUUCUUUUCCAGCUCUGUAUGCGUUUGGUGAGGUCUUUGCAUGUACAGCUCAGACUGUACUUCAGUGACCAUGCUGGUGUCCGCGGCACGUGUGUGGUAAUGGGCGAAGUGUAACUCUUCAGUCGUUGGUAGUAACUGGAAGCUGUCAGUGCUUUGCCAUGCCUUGUAAAAGAUGCUCAUUUCAGAGAGAAGUGUCCACCUUUCUCGGUGAGCAUGUUGAUUUAAGUCUUGAUUUUUUCAUUUAAGGAGAAGCAUACACAUUAAUGGUAAAUAGUGUUGUUUUUUAAUUACCAAGGAGUCCCACCAAAUUCUCUAAUUUUUAAAGGUGCCUAUUUAUCUUUUUGAAAAAGAACAUCUGGUUAUUCAAAGGCAAAAGUGAAUCCAUUUUCUGUUAUUACUACUAAUAACACUCAAAUUGUAGUUUAUAGCAAACAGAAAACUACCUUGGAGAUAUUGUGGAUUCGGUUCCAGACCACAGCAGUAAAGUGAGUCUAAUGUUUUUGCUGGUGGAGGGUAUUGCCUUUAAUUUGUAAAAAAACAACAACACCGAAAAACCAUAACAUCUCUAGGAUGCAAUAAGGCAUAGCGCAAUAAAAUGAGUUAUGUCUAUAUAUUAGAAUGGAAAUAUGUAAUAACUUGUUGGUGUAAACAUGCUAAUUAAUUGAUUUUUUAACCUUUGUGGUUAAGUCAGAGUUAGGUGUUAUAUUUUAAAUUAUCACAUUACUCACUGAAUAUAGUGGAGCAAAACAUGUUUACAGAGAGGUUUUUAUGUCCCUGAAAUGUUCACACAUCUUAGAGGACCAUGCUAACUGAGGUUCACCCAGUGGUGACUGUACUUGAACUUGCCCACGCAGUCUCAGUUACAAACGUCUUGUCCUGUGGAACUUGUCCUGUGCUCACAUUUACUCUUGAGCAUUCCAGUUUGAAGAUGAAUUAUAUAGUCACUCUAAUAACAUGAUUAUAUGUUUCUUUAAUCUUUCCUGAAUCAUAAUUUUUAAUUUUAAUUUUCCUUUUAGUGUUAUCAUGUGAAUUUGUAAAGACCCAGUUCUAUGCAGAUACUGAAAGGAGUAGUAUAUCAUCUUAUUUAUCUAAUUUUCUUCAAUUUUUAUGAUUUUUUUAGAUUAGCUGCCCUUUAACGUAAUUAUCAAUGGGUAGAUUUUACUCUCAGUCGAAGGUCAUAUAGAGUGUCCAUUGAGAUCACACAUACACAGCCUUUUAUUGUGAAGUGUGGUUAGAGCAAAAUUGGCCAGGAGCAGAGAUAAUUUAAUACUGCUUGUAAUUUCAUGAUUGACCAUGGAAUACCUUGGGCAAGUCAUGUAACCUUUUGCUGCCUCAGUUUCUUCAUUUGCAAAAUGAAGACGAUACUUGUUAUUUAUCGACUGAUCUACCUCACAAAGCUGUUGUGAGGGUAUUGAGUUGAUGUUGAUAGGGUGGAAUUUAAAAAGAAAACAAAAUCAGUCGUUAGCUGUCCUGUUCUUCCCAGUCUAUUUGAAGGUGUGGAUGGGAAAUGAUCACCCCACAAAGGGAUCCAGUUUCUUAUUAUUACAGAGAACCCUACAAGUCCCCUAAGUGGAAACUUUUGGGAAAUUCACCAAAAGUCCUCUGAAAAUAGUACUGUUUUAUUAUUUAGUUUUGGGGUUUCUUUGGAAUAUUUCUCUUAAGUAUAAUGUUGUUUCUCGUCAGAUUUUGUCAUAAAACUCAGAUGUGAUUGUAGAAGCUGAAGCAGAAAACGAGAAGAAAUUAUCCGGUUAAUUUUUUAACUUAUAGUUACCUAAGAUAAAUUGAUAGGAAAAUGUAAGGGAAUGUACUGCUUUCCUUUAUUAUUAAUUUUUUAUUAUUUGAAUAAUCAAAGUAUUAUACUUCAUAAACAAUAGAUCCCUUUAUGACUUCUGAGUUAUUUUCCCAAUAAUUUUGAUUACGUGAUCCAGAGUACUCAACUUUUGAAGCAGAAUUUAUCUUACAGGGUUUUAUAUAUGAUCAGGUAGGAAGGUUACCUGGUAAAUUUGAGUUCAGAAAGUAAUGAUUUAAUCCCUGAAGACAGUUUAUUGCUGGGGAACUAAGUAAGCCACCUUGUAUAAAAAUCUGUAGUAAGUGCAAAAGAGUUCUUUUUUGAGAAGCUUAUUAAAAUGUAAUGGCAUCUACUGUAAAACAUUACUACUAAGUUAAUAUACUUUACACGCAAAGUACUUUUCUUAAAGAGUUACUUCUGGCAAUUACCUCUUGAAAUCAGAUGUCUUUCUUACAUAAUAGAUAUCUGAUUAAAUUUUCUAUAUUAUUUUUCUAAAUAAUUGUUAGGUAAGCAUAUUCAGUAAGCUGAUAAUUCAAAGUAAUCAUUGCAGAAAAUAAUUAAUAAUCUAUUAAUUUCAUGAAAUACCUGUAAGUUGCUAAUUAAGUUUUGUUACUCCAUCAAUAAUGUAUUAUUAUCAAUAGAGCAUUUUUGUAAAACUCAUUUCUAAAAUAAGAAAUAAGAUAUAAGCCUAAUUAUUAGAAUUUGUUCUCUCACCAAAUGAAUACAAGGGCUUUGGGAUAAUUUCAUCACGCCAGAGCCCCUCAUUUCACAAGAGCUAAAUCAAAACAGUCAAUGGUUCUUUAGUUAUAAAAACAGAUCCGAGAAUCUGACAGUCCCAACCUUUGGGAAGAAAUGCCACCAGUUGGUUUGUUUUGGGAGUCUACUAUUUAUUAGAUUAUCAGUUCCUAUAUUUAUGCCUUUUGUGUGCCCAAAUGAAAGUAAAUGUGGAUGGGAAAGGCACUGUGUGUUUUCUGAAGUGUGUUUCAGCAUAUUAAUGAAGGAAUUUCAUUUAUGUACCUUAGCAAACCUCACUUUUUUAUACGUUUAAUAGGUUUAGGGAAUGUUCUUGAUGGUGUGGUGGUUACCAUUUUAAAGGAAAAACUAAACUCUCUGAUUAUAAUUCACACUGCUCAGUUUUGUGAGUUUUAUACUUGUGAUUUGAAUGGACCAUGUCUGAAAAUCACAAGGAUGAAUAUAUUUACACCUCCAUUUCCUUUCAUGCUCAGCCUGAUUUGCCUAAAUUUUAUUCUCAUUUUCAAAAGAUUUGUCCAUUAAGGUUGAUGGAAGCCUUGUUAUGAUUUCAAGUUUGUGAAUAAAGCAAAAAUAAUGGCACGUUCCUCUUUUCAUAUCGAUAUUCUAAAAGUCAUUGGUUUUUGACACACUCCCUGGGAGCAUUAACUUUUUUCUGCUGAAAAUAUUUUCUUUUGUGGUUAUCUUGAUCUCAAAUUAUUUUUGCAAAAAGAGAUUUUACUGUGCUUAGUACAAAAAAGAAUAAAAAUAAAAGGGAGAGAGUUCAUGUAAAGUGGAAUUUCAAAUUAGAAACAAUACCAUUUACUAUGGCAGACAUAUGAAGGGUAAAGUUAAAAUGUAUUAAUCUGACUAUGCGACACAUUUAGAGUUGAUAUAAUUGACAUAAACCUUAUCAACCUCGUCGCUUUGAACUGUAUUUCUCAAAAGAAUGCUGGCUAGCAUCUUCCCUACUUACUACACCAAAUUGUAGGGGAGAGACUGUGUAUUUAUUUUUUAAAAGCAAUCCAAUGGAUUUGUUCUUGUCCAUAUUUUGAAAACAAGCUUGAGGAAUUUUUCUUAUUUUAGAAGGUAGGGAACAUGUGGAACUGUCUUUUAAAUUACUGUAACCUAAUAUAUAUUUAUAAAUUAUAGCAUUAAAGAAGUUCUGAUAUCAAUGUUGUUACUUCCUGGUAUUUAAUUUUUAUAAAAUGUUUUUGUAAGUAACUAAUUGUAAUAUUUCUCUUAAGUAGUUUAAAAAAUCUUUCUGCCCAGAACCUAUUUCCUUAGGGCAGUAUUCUAAAGUUCAGUAGUCCAGCGUGAAUUUGAGAUGUUCUUACAUGUCUUCAGUCUCUUUUAAUAUAUGCAAGUACCCAAGCAAAGUACACCAAAAGCCUAAUUUCUGAGUUGCAUUAAUAAAGUAUAUGCUAAUUGUCCAAUUCAGUGGAUUAGGUGAAAUAAAAGAUAAGUCUUUCAAAUAUGUAUCUGAUCAUAAUUUUUCAAAAUGUUCAUUAUGUUCAUUUUUGGUGCAUGAUGCCAAAUAAUCUUUAAUCAGCCAGUGGAUUGUAGAUUUCACUAUUUUUCUCUGCAGAUAAUCACUGCAUUUUCAAAUUGAUUUGGGAAAAGCUUGCAAAGUGCUAAGUAAAUUCGCACAUUGGGCCUUAUCUAUGUAUAUUUUGACAAACUCAUGGACUUGGAAUUGCUCUGUAGUGUUUUAAUUUAUUGUGAUGUAAUGAUUUUUUGAAAUGUUUAAUUGACUAGCUGUUAAAAUGUAGAAAAUUAUGUAGCUUUGCAUGAAAUAAAGUACAUUUCUACAAGUUA